GGGAAAAACACAGGACAUUGAUAAUGUUACUGCGAGGGGUGCUGAGUUAACCAUGAUGCGACUGAUUAUUAUUGAGCGUUAUCAGCCAGGCGACUACCGAGGAUAAACCUAGCAUCAUGUUUUCUCUUGGACAGUGCAAUUCCAUGAUGAAUGGCGACACAAAUAAGAAUGAGGAUAUAGAUUCUGAGCUCUCAAGACGUAUGCGAUCCAUUUAUGCUCGAAGCCCAGUUGCGACAUUCGGACCAAAGGCCCACAUGGUGAAAGUACCCAAGUCACAGAUAAUGCAUGUGACAGACCCUUCUAGUCAAAAAUUGACCUGGCAGGAACCUCCUUUGUCAGUUCUCAUAAUUAAAAAAAUAUCAGAUGAACAGGUUCUAGAACAUUUUAAAGAGUUGGCAACAUGGUUAUCUCAGGAAAAACAUAUGAUAGUGCAUGUAGAAGCAUCGGUACUACAAGACCCAGGCAUUACAGAGGAUGAGUUAUUUAGUAAAAUUAAAAACAAUUUAUCAUCAUUCACAGAAGAAAUGAGUGACUAUAUUAUGUAUAAUCAGAUAAAAAUAGACCGUGAUUUGAUAAUUUUUAUUAAAGGCGGGGACGGUACACUUUUAUACGCAUCAUCACUCUUCCAGGAGGGAAGCGUUCCUCCAGUUAUGGCAUUCCAUCUUGGAUCGUUAGGAUUUCUUACUCCAUUUGAUUUUGCCAACUUCCGUGAUUCGGUUACAAAUGUUUUAGAAGGUGAGGCUCCUAUCAUGUUGAGAAGUCGGUUGAAAUGUUCCAUAGCAACAGAUGAGGCUGGUAGUUCUCCUGAGGAAUCUGAUGACAGUGAUAGUGGUGUAUGUAUUUUGUCAAGAAAAGAAAAUAUUUUGCCACCACAGAUUAUAUGCAGAAGACAGGUGUUAAAUGAGGUGGUAAUUGACAGAGGUCCUGCUCCAUAUCUAUCACAUUUAGAUUUGUAUCUAGACGGUAGACCAAUUACGUCAGUCCAAGGAGAUGGUUUAAUUGUCUCCACUCCAACCGGGAGCACAGCAUAUGCUGCAGCAGCGGGAGGUGCAAUGUGUCAUCCUAAUGUACCUGCCAUACUGAUUACACCGAUCUGUCCACAUUCCCUGUCAUUCAGACCGAUUGUAAUUCCAGCUGGUGUGGAAUUGAAGGUAAUGGUGCCUGUUGACGCGAGGAGUACAGCAUGGGCUUCCUUUGAUGGACGGAAUCGACAAGAAAUUCAAAAAGGAUGGAGUGUCAAGAUUACAACGUCGAUUUAUCCAGUUGCUUCAAUAUGCCGUGAUGAUCAGAUCAGUGAUUGGUUUGACAGCUUAGCCGAAUGUCUGCAUUGGAACGUCAGACAUCGGCAAGGAGUGAGAAGACAGAAAACAAAGGACAUUGCUGAAAAAUAACUGCAUUUACUAAUAUGGAAAAUUGGUGGGUCAUAUAAGAAAUAUCCAGAACCAAAUAUGGACAUAUUUUGUGCAUAAUAUGAAAAAACUGGUGGCCUGAAAAUUUCCUGGACUAAAUAUGGCAACACUUCUUUUUUUUAACAAGACAUAAGGGGUAUGAAUUUAUAACCGAAUUUACUAUAUGGAAAAAUGGUGGAUAAUCAGGUGUCACAUACUAAUGACCAAAUAUGGACACUCUAAAUAUGGUCUGCACUAUUUCAAAUAAGGUGAAGGCCAAGUUUUUAAAUUUCAUAAAUGACAUUUUCUGAUUUUAAAACAAUCAUUUUUUG